AAGAAAUUUUUUAACGAGUCCAAAUCUUGAGAAAUCCUCGAAAGAAAUCCACUUAAAAAAAGACUAAUGAAAGUUGUAAAACGCAGCUGACUCUCUCUCUCUCUCUCUCUCUCUCUCACUCACUCUAGCCUUCUCAUCCCUCAACUUUGAGUUUUUCUGGUCUCAAACUUUUUUUUAUUUUUUUUGAGGAACCUCAGCCAAAAGCAACGGAGUCGAUAUUGUCGAAAAGGCAACGCCGUCAACGAGUCAAUAGCCGUCGGCCCUUCAGUCUCAUCCGAUAAAGUUCCUCAAUUUUCUUUGGUGGAGUUAGGGUUUACUAAGAGGUCUGACGAUUAUGUUUGCUUCUCAACUUUCAAGAAUCGGAUUUUUGAUACUGAAACAGCUCUCCAGAGCAGGCAAAUCCGCAUCUUUAACCAGAUCAGGAUAUACGAGUAAUUCUUACAGACAAUGCUUGCAAACUCUGUUUGAUCACCAGUCUGAAACUAAGUUGUUGCGAGCAACCAUCUUUGAGAACCGUUAUCUUUUUUAUACCAGUAGUGCCAGCCAUUCUUCAAAUGAAGGGAUUGAGCAGAAAGAAAAGAUAUCAGUGACAUUUGUUGAUAAGGAUGGAGAGGAAAAACAUAUCAAGGUUCCUACUGGAAUGUCUAUUCUUGAAGCUGCCCAUGAAAAUGAUAUAGAACUUGAAGGAGCAUGCGAAGGUUCACUUGCCUGUUCGACAUGUCAUGUGAUUGUGAUGGACGUGGACUAUUACAACAAAUUAGAAGACCCAAUUGAUGAGGAAAAUGAUAUGUUGGACUUGGCCUUUGGACUUACUGAAACGUCUCGCUUGGGUUGUCAAGUCAUUGCAAAACCUGAACUUGAUGGAAUUCGUUUAGCAAUUCCAGCUGCCACCCGAAACUUUGCUGUCGAUGGCUAUGUUCCUAAACCACACUAGAGAUGAUGCACCUGAACUUGAUGGAAUUUUUGUAGCUAUUCCUGCAGCCACCCAAAGCGAUGAUUGUGGAAGAGUUGGUUGAGUGUAACGUAUAACUUCACAGUUUUGGAGCUCCUGUAUUUUAUUGGACCAAUGAGCACGACUUGAGAUAUAUAUAUUUGUUACUUUUAUCAAUUAUGUGCCAGUUUGGGAGUAAUUCUGGGAGGGUCAUAAUAACUUGUAGAAAAAAAUAUGUGAUGGAUUAGAGCCAAGAUGGAUCUACUAAAUUAACCAUCUACCAUUAGACCUUGGAAAUCGAAAUGAAUUAGUUUGAAGAGGGAUUUAAUUUAUGAGUA